AUGGCGUCCCAUCAGAAGCUCCUCUCCUUACCAGCGAACCUCAGACGAUUAGCAUUCGACCGAAUCCUCACCGGAUCCGCCAGAAGGCCCCCAGCACCUUUCCUUCGACACGCUACGCCUCGACCAUACGCGACUUACAAUACCAAUGCCAGCGCUGCCGACGCUGGACACAGCUCAGUCAAUCAAGAUGAGGUCUCACACUUCAACAUACUGGCCGAAGACUGGUGGAAUCCUCAGGGCUCGAGUCGGCUGCUGCAUCUGAUGAACCCACUUCGACACGAUUUCAUCCGGAAGUGCCUCAACAGCCACUAUGAGACACAAUCCUUUCAGCGAGGAUCGAUGAACUUUUUGGACAUCGGCUGCGGAGGGGGAAUUUUCGCAGAGUCAGCAGCGAGAUUGCCGACUGCCAAGUCCGUCACUGCCAUCGAUCCAACACCCGCAUGCAUUCACGUCGCCAAAGACCACCAACGACACGAUCCACUGCUGCUUCAGCCGGACCGCUUGACCUUCAAGAACAUCGCUAUCGAACAGCUCCCACUGCCAACCACGCCCAGUGAAGGCUACGACAUCGUCUCCGUCUUCGAAGUCAUCGAGCACAUCCAGUCCCCUUCAGCAUUCCUAGAUAAAGUGCUGCCACAUCUCAAGCCUGGUGGGUGGCUGAUAGGCUCGACCAUUGCACGGACGAAGACAUCCUGGUUCACGACCAAGUUCAUCGCGGAAGACGUGCUCAGGAUGGUGCCCAGAGGCACUCACGAUUGGCAUCAAUACAUACAACCGCAUGAGCUGCGAGAGUGGGCAAGAGGAAGACACGAGCUAGACGUCGGAGUUGGUGGACGAGGCUGGCAGACUAUGGGCGUCGUAUAUGUGCCUGCACUGGGCUGGAAGGAAGUGCCUGGGAGUGAAGACUGGGGCAACUACUUCUUCGGCGUGAGGAAGCUGGCUGAAGGCGAAGAACGAUGGUGA